UUCAAUUCAAUUUGCCAUUUCCUUCAAUUUCAAGAGAGCGGCUUCGUUCCUUUCCUACUCUUGGAUUUACCGGUCCCGUCCAUCUAGAUAUCCAAUAAACAGUGCAAUUAACUUUGAAUAGUUGAAAAUGUCGGUCCAAACGUUACUACUAGACUUCUCGCUCGACCCCGCCCGGCUGGGAGACGAAAGCGGCCAGAAAACAGUAUUCGGGCAACUGGAAACGGUGCUGAAAGAAUACAUACCGAAUCUUAUUUUAGCCGCCGAGAUAAAACUAGAAGGCGGAUCACUGAAGCUUUUGACUGGCAAGAAGGGAACAACGGUGUCCGUGAGACUGUUUGACCGUGGCCUUGUCACUGUAAACAUUGAAUAUUACAAAGAGGAGAAUGAGGAACCAUUAAUUAACCUCAAGUCGGCGAGAGUAUUGGAAAGUCAACUGAAAAAAUACAUCAGUAUCAUAAAAUCUCAAGCUUACGCGCCGCUAAAGCGAUGCCUCUUCGGCAGGUAUUACCCAACCUCAGACGAACGUCUACUAGAGUACGACAUCGACGCAGUAAUAUUCGAUGAGCAAUCUCCUUUCCAAAGAGUUCAGAUCGUCCAUUCCAAGACUCUCGGCAAUAUGUUGGUGCUAGACGAUUUACAAAAUAUAUCAGAGGCUGAUCUCAUUUAUACUGAAACUUUGAUGCAGAGGGGCAAGGAAAACUAUGAGGGCAAAGAAAUCGUCAUCUUAGGUGGCGGCGACGGGGCGCUCCUAUACGAGCUUCUCAAGGAGAAACCUAAAUACGUGUGGAUGUUGGAAAUCGAUGAAGUAGUGAUGACUGCUUGUAACAAGUACCUGCGGCCCAUAUGCGGCGAUGUCCUCGAGAGAAGAAAGGGGCCUAAUUAUGAAGUAAUUGUGGAAGACUGCAUGCUGACCAUAAACAAGUUUAUAUCUGAAGGCAAGAAGGUAGACUAUAUCUUCGGAGACCUCACUGAUAUCCCCAUUUCCGAGUCCGCGUGCGGCGAGCUGUGGGAGUUUAUGAUAACCAUACUGAACUCCUCCUUCAAGAUCCUCAAGCCUAACGGGAAGUUUAUGACUCAUGGCAACGGCGCCACGUCACCGGAAUCCCUGGAACUGUAUGAACAGGAGCUCGCGAAACUGAAGCCCCCGGUCAAGUACACGAAGAGCAAAGCCUUCGUGCCGUCCUUCCUGGAGGACUGGUACUUCUACCACAUAGCCUUCGAGACCACCGACAAUGGGGACGCUUAACACCACACCAAAGACAACCAAGCAUACUUUUUACUAAGUCAUUUUAAGGCCAUAUUCCUAGGUAUAACCACACAUAAUAAUUUUAAAGCUCUGCCUGAAUUAGGGUACGUUUUUUACGAUUUUAAACGUAGAUUUGCUGUACUGACUGUCGGUUUUGUAAUAACAUUUCUGAUUAGAUUAACUGGUGCGCAUACCCUAGUGAGGACUUUGCAGAUUUCUUUGAAAGAAAUUGACGACCACUUUACAGAGUUAUUUUGUAUUAUUAAAACGAAUGUUUUCCUAAGUUUUAGAUGUGAUAUACAUUUGACCGACUCCGCGGG